AAUUUAAAAAAAUAAAUAAAUAGUGUAUAAAUAUAAUAUUUAUUAUAAACAAAACAUAUAAUGGCUGAAGCUGCUGUAGAAGAACGACCGAUAACGAGAUUUUUUUGUCAUAAAUGUAGUGUUGAAUUUGACACUGUUGCAUCGGAUUAUACAUGUCCUCAUUGCUCGGGAGGAUUUAUAGAAGAAUUAGAAAUUCCAGUAAAUCAAGAAGAUGACUUAAGUGAUGUAGAUGUUGAGGCUGGUUUUAGGGGUUUUCCACAAAAUCAAAGAUUGUCAAAUAUGUUAGGUGAAAUUAGAGAAAUAACUGAUUUUCUUACAUUUGUUGGUGGGCAAAUGGAUUCACCACCUACUGCGUCAUCCUCCAACACAUCUGGACGAAAUCCACGACAACGUUUAACAGGACGCAGAAGGUACGCUUCACAGUUCCCUGGACACAGGAUAGGCAGAUCCAGGGUUACAAGAGUUGGUGGAGGUACUCAUUUGAGUAGACCAUCGUUUGAAAAUUUAAUCACAGAUGUAGUAUUGAAUUUAACUGGACAAGGCAGUUGGGGUAUUGGACCAGGUGGUGUGCCUGGAUCAAAUCAAAUGUUUAUUGUUGGUAAUCCAGCAGAUUAUGCAUGGGGACGUGAAGGAUUGGAUGCUAUAGUUACACAAUUGUUAAAUCAAAUGGAUGGAUCAGGUCCACCACCAAUGCCAAAAGAAAGAAUCAUAGAAAUACCAGUAGUACCCGUAACGAGUGAUCAAGUCAAAUCUAAAUUACAAUGUUCUGUAUGUUGGGAAGACUUUCAAAUCGGUGAACCCGUACGAAGUUUACCAUGUCAACAUGUAUAUCAUGACGCUUGUAUAUGUCCAUGGUUAGAGUUGCAUGCUACAUGCCCAAUAUGCCGAAAGAGUUUAACUGAAGAAGCAGCCGAAGAUGCUACUAAUAAUUCGAAUUCUGUAUCUAAUGGAUUAGCAGCAUUAUUUCGACAGCAAGGACAGCAUCAACAAUUAAAUCAAAAUUUAGAUCAAUUAAUACAGCAAGGUAACAAUUCUGACAACACAUUAGACGGUAACAACCAACAAUCAGACCCAUCUAAUCCCCCUCAAACACGUAAUGUAUUUAAUUUAGUUGAAGAUUUAGUUGAAGAGAAUUUAGUUGAAGAUACCACUACAGGUGCAGGACCUAGUAAUUCAGGUUCAUCCACACAAUGGACAAACACACGAUUGGCAUCCCCUCCAGUGCCAGGAGUUUCAACAAGUACCCCUACAAUUAGGAAUAAUAGUAGUCAACAAAAUGACGAUGGUCGUCAUCAUCAUCACCAUUAUCAUUCCAAUAAUUAUCGUAGAAAUGAUCCUAUUUAUCCAGAUGGAAUAAUGGAUGUAGAAUUAGAUAUGGAUAUUGACAUAGAUUUCGAUUAAACUCUAAUCCCGCUACCUCUCUGCUCCUCUUCACCUAUACUACUACUACCCUCCAAUCACUUUUAAAGAAAAUGUGUGUAACCAAAAAUCAAUAUUUUUUGCGCAGUUUUAACUACUUUAGAAAAUAACAUCUCGAAAUAAUUACCAUUUUUUUUGCUUUGUUGAGAGAAAAUAAAAAGAAAAUUUUUCUGGGUGAAUUAUUAUUA